AAAUCAGUAUAUCACUCACAUCAUUGAAUUCACGAUUCAGACAAGUACAGAGAACACCGAUCGAUAAUCACAAAGAAAAUCAACAAACCACCGUUCAAAUAAGCGAUGGCAUUGCAGUGGAUGAUACUCACCUAUGUGGUGGCUAUUGAAGCUGCUGUAGCGAUUCUUCUAACACUUCCUUCACCAAAGCUUUUGAGGAACCGUUUGACUUCUCUGAUUUCGCUUAUUCUUCAACCUGCGCUUUUCAUUGUUCCCUUUGCUGGGUUUCAGCUUCUUGAUAUAUACUGGAAGGCUGAGCAUAGGUUGAUGUGUACCUCUGACGUUUGUACUGCUGCUGAGAGAGAUCGCUAUGAGAAAACUACAUACAAAGCUCAGAGAAACGUGAUACUGUGUAUUUCGGCAUGCCUUCUCUACUGGGCUAUAUACCGCAUUUGCAAGUUCCAGAAGGAUAUUCAAAGUAUGGAGGAAGUUGAGAAGAGAAUCAAGUCUAAGUAGAAGCUUCUUUUUACAAUCUAUAUUGGCAUGGUUAGUAAAAGAGAGCUUUUGAGGGAUCUUUAGUUGAGUCUUACUUGUAUGGAUACUAGUGUGCUGCCCGUGCGACGCACGGGUGGAAUUACAGUCGGCCAUAGACUACACGAUGACGUAUGAGCAGAAUUACCAUCGGCUUUUAACUGACGGACUACACGACGACGUAUGGGCAGAAUUACCGUCGGCUAUGGGCGGACGGACUACACGACGACGCAUGGGCAAUAUUACCGUCGGUCACGGACUACAUAAUGUCACCAUGACACUGGAACACAAACUAAAUUUAUGAACAUUAAAAUUUUCAGUGAUAAAUUCUAGCACAUAUUCUUUUGGAUAACAAUUACAUUUUUUGACACUCAUAUUAUUCUUGUUCUAUUUCGACAAAAUUUUAUUGCAAGUUGAUAUUAGAUUUUAAA